CAUUCAUCAACCGAACCGAAAACGAAGAAAAAGAAACGCCAUCAUCUCCGCCUCGCUCGCUCGCUCGCUCGUUCGCUCGCUCAUCAUCAUCCCUUUCUCUCUCGCCGAUCCGCCUCCCUCUCGCCCCUUCCCCCUCGCCAUUGGAUCGCCUCCUCCGCCGCCCCCCGCCGCCGCCCCACGCCGCGACCACCCUCGCCGAUGGCCCCGACCGCGACGCCGCGUCGCCGGCGUGGCUGACUCGCCGGCGGAGCCCCGACGCCCUCCGGAGGAUCCCUAGGGCUAGCGGUUCGGUUCCCUGCGACUUUCCUCUUUUUUUCGGGCCUGUAGAUAUCGAAAACGAACAUGAACUCGUCGAAGCUGGAGGACGGCGGCGGUUCUGGAUAUCCGAGCUCGGCCGACAUCGGCUCCAAUUUCUACUUCAGCGCGCCUUCGGCUUCAGGAUCGGGGUUGGUCUUCGCCAAGGCGAGAAUCUCCAAGAGGAGAAGUAUUAAUCGCCUGAACUUGAACCAGGAGAGCAGAGCUGAUCCCGGAGCGAAUCCGUUCCUGUUCAAUCCGCGUGAUUCCGUGCCUGGCUCGUUUCCGAAUGCGGCCAAUGAUCCUCCGGCGAGUGAGUAUGUGUUUAGCGCGAAUAGGAGUGAUUCGGGCGGGGGCUUGGGGACAGGAGUUGUCGUGGAAAUGGAGAACUUGAGAAUGGGGAGUGGGAAUGCGUCUGUGACUGCUCGAGAUGGUGUUUCUGAUGCGAAUUCAAGCUCGAGGUUUGAAUCAAAGAGUGGCAACAAUAAGAGCUCUAGCUUUGAUGAAUCAGUAGCUUCUGCAUUGCCAGAAGAAAUGAGGAAGCUGAAUGUCCAAGUUUCAGAUGACAAGCCUUCCGGGCGACCCGGGAGUUUUGAGUCUAAUUUAAGUACGAACGAACAGGUUAAGGUUGGUGUAGGGGUCGAUGCAGGCACGUAUGGUUUUGAUGGGAAAAAUGUGGAAGCCGAGCUCCUGGAUCAGUUGAAGAAGAAACUGAAUAUCAGAGAAGCUAAUCGACCGGACAGCAAUGGGGUUGUUGACAAAGCUGAUAAGUUAAAUGAAUCUACUCGUGGAAGUAGGAAGGAAUAUGAUGGUGUGUGUGCUGGAAAUUCAGCAGCUGCUCUCCCUGAUCAGAUGAUGAAUCUCAACUUAAGGGAUCCUGCAGCCAUGGAUAACAGUACUGGAGAGAAUGAUUACGAAUUAAAUACCAAGAAAACCGAUUUUGUAUUUGGAGGGAGCACAAGUGCCAGUGGUCGUACCCGUGGGAUGACAGAAACUGUACUAGUGAAUGAGAUCGAUGAGAAACUGAAUAUUGGUAGCAAAAUGAACGAUUCUACUGCUGAGCCAGUUUCUAGAGAAUUCAGCUUUCAUUCUGGAAUGGAAGCCAAGCAUGCAUUUGGCAGUCAAGUUCCUUUGAACCGACCUAGCAAUGAUAUAGGAGUAAGUGGCACUGCUACAUCAUCGUAUGAAUUCCCAUCCAGUAGCAUGCCUAUAAAAGGAGGGAAGAAUGUUUCUAAUAGAGAUGAGAGAAACAUUAAUGUUUCUUCUGAGAGCAAACAGGAUGAUACUGGCCCAUCAUUUAUGGAAUUUAAGACGCCUAUUGAAAAAGUGGACCUGGCUUCUGGCUUCACUGAAAAAAUUGAGUUUACUGCAAAGAGAGAGGCAUUUGAUAGCUCAAAAAUGAAGAAGAAAAAGGGAAAAAUGAGGCAGUCCGCCCAUGUCCAGCCCCGGCUUAUGCAAUCUUUUAUGUCAAUGGAAAGCAUAUCUCUAGAAAAGCCGGAGGCCUCUGAGCCUUUUUCACCGAUGGAUGUAUCUCCAUAUCAAGAAACAUUAGCAGAAAAUCCAUGGUCAAGAGAUACUUCAGUUACGUCAAAUGAGUCUUACAGUCUGGACAAUGCUGAUGCCUCGGAUGCUCCUCACUCCACUUUUUUUAACAACGCUAUAGACGAAAGCCUCCUUUUUGCAACACAGCAUAUGGAUAUAAAUGAUUAUGAGCUAAGCAGAGAAGCAACAGAGGAUGCUCCUAAGCAUGGGUUGGACAAAAGUGUCAACAUUGAAGGCCCAGUUGAGGAGUCUGCAUCUGGGGCUGAAACUGAAAGCUUUAAAUCUGCUGCUGAUGAUAUAGAAUUGGUCAGGGAUGAUGAUGCUGUUACUUCAUCUGAUAGAACUGGAGCCUGUCGCAGUUCGAAGAUCGAGAGAAGUGAUGAUGAAAGGAGGAAAGAACAUGGUUUAGCUUCACAUGUACAAGAAAUGGGGGACUCUAACUUUACUUUUACUACCUCCUCAGCUUCUCAUGGACAAUUUUCAGUGCCCAAACAUAAACAUAAAAAGAAAUCUUUGGUGAAACCUGUUCACGGUUCCCAUAAUUUGAGUUCAACUCUCGAAAUUCCUUAUGCUUCAUCCCCCUUUCAGCCUUUUCCAUCUUCAGCCAUCUCUUCACCUCUUUCCCCUCAGCCAGAGAAAGUUAAUCUGAUUUCUUCUCAAUACAAAGUUGGAAAAGAUUAUGAGAUGGAUAAAGGGCUGGAUGGCAAGCUUGUAUCAACAUCUACUUCUGCCCCAACCAUCACGCAGGAAGCAUGUGAGAAAUGGCGUUUGAGGGGAAAUCAAGCUUAUGCAAGUGGGGAUGCGGGUAAGGCUGAGGAUUAUUACACACAUGGAAUAAAUUGCGUUUCAAGAGAUGAGAUGUCAAGAAGCUGCUUAAGGGCUCUCAUGUUGUGCCACAGCAACCGUGCAGCUACCCGUAUGGCUUUUGGCAGGAUGAGAGAUGCAACAGGAGAUUGCUUGAGGGCCAUUGAAAUCGACCCUAACUUCUUCAGGGUGCAAGUUAGAGCUGCAAAUUGCUACCUUGCCCUUGGGGAAGUUGAUGAUGCAUUGAGAUAUUACAAGAAAUGCCUGCAAGUAGGAAACGAGGUGUGUGCAGAUCGAAAAAUUGCUGUAGAAGCUUCUGAAGGCUUGCAAAAGGCACAGAAAGUUUCUGAAUGCAUGAACCAUGCAGCCGUGCUCUUACUAACAAGAACAUCCAGGGAUGUUGAAGCUGCUGUUGAAGUUAUUGCAGAGGCUUUGCUUAUAAGCUCAUAUUCAGAAAAACUACUUGAAAUGAAGGCCGAAGCACUUUUUAUGUUGCGGAGAUAUGAGGAAGUGAUUCAAUUGUGUGAGCAGACCCUUGAUUCAGCUGAAAAGAAUUCUUUAGAUAUAAAUGACCAGCUUGCUGAUCUGGAUGGUCUUGAGUAUUCAAAUAGGUUAUAUUUCAGAAUUUGGCGAUGCCGCCUCAUGUUCAAGUCAUACUUCCAAUUAGGAAGGCUUGAUGAGGGCCUUGCCUCACUGGAGAGGCAAGAAGAAUUGGUAUCAGCUAUGAAUAGGAAUCAAAACUCCAGUUUGGCGUCGGUAAUUCCCCAGGUUGGGACUGCACGUGAACUUCUACGUCUCAAGGCAGCAGGUAACGAGGCAUUUCAAGCUGGAAAGCAUGCAGAAGCAGUUGAACAUUACACUGCUGCCAUGUCAUGCAAUGUGGAGUCACGUCCUUUUGCAGCUAUUUGUUUUUGCAAUCGUGCUGCCACAUACAAAGCUUUGGGCCAAAUUACCGAUGCUAUUGCUGAUUGCAGCCUUGCCAUAGCCCUCGAUGGAAACUAUCUGAAGGCAAUAUCUAGGCGAGCCACUUUAUUUGAAAUGAUAAGAGAUUAUGGACAAGCAGCGGCAGACCUCCAGAGACUUGUUUCUAUUCUCACAAAGCAAGUAGAGGAGAAGACGAAUCAAGCUGGAGUUUAUGAUAGAUCUCUCAGUUCUGUGAAUGAACUAAAACAAACGAGCCUACGGCUUAGUGAAGUGGAAGAAGCAGCGAAAAAGGAUAUUCCCUUGGAUAUAUACCUAAUUCUAGGAGUAGAACCAUUAGCGUCACUACCAGAUAUAAGGAAGGCGUAUCGUAAAGCAGCACUUAAACAUCACCCUGACAAGGCUAGUCAAUUUUUGGCAAAAGUUGACAAUGGAGAUGAUAAACUUUGGAAGGGAAUAGCAGAAGAAGUCCGGAAGGAUGCUGACAGACUUUUUAAAAUGAUUGGAGAAGCACAUGCUAUACUUUCGGAACCAACCAAGCGUUUACAGUAUGAUCUUGAAGAAGAGAGGAGGAACAUGGAGAAGAAACGCCAUGGAGCCAACACAACUAGGACACAUAGAGACGACCAAAAUCAUCCAUUCGAAAGAAGCAGCAGCAGGCAGCAAAGGAAGGAAGCUUGGGGAACUUAUGGUAGUUCCCAGGCUCGAGCCUCAGAGUCUAAUCGCUGGACAAGAUACACUUGAUCGUCGAGCGCAGUACGAGCGUAGUAGUUCUGGGGUACUCCGAAUACAGAGAAGCACGGCCCACACAGUUCUUCACCACCUAAGGAUCCUACUACAGCAUAGGAUGUGCAGAGGUCUAGAGGCGAUACAAUUUCCUUUACCCUUCUGUAAUUGGAGCUCAGUGGAAUGCGUGUAUAUGGUUCUGGGCGGUAGAAUACGGGCAGAACAGACCCACCCAUUUGAAAAUUGCAGUCUAAAAGGAGGAGCUAUGGAGAUUGCUCUUAGCAGAGGGGGACGCAGUUUAACCGGAAAAAAAGGCAACCAAUAAAAGUAGAUCCCAUUUAGUACGAGAUGGAGCUUGGUUUGUACAACGUGAUGAUAAAGGAGAGGACGUAAGGGAAGAAACAUGGGGACUGGAAUGAAUGUCCGAAUACUAACUCCUGACCUUUAACAGUAAAUAUCUUGACAAUCUGUACAGAAGAGGGGGAGUGUUAUUUAUAGAGGCAAGACAUUGACUCGACUCGACAGUUCUUCUUCAGCUCUGGCAAAAAGGUAAUGAUACUGACGGAAAUGGUUCUGCUGAUAUUCUUUUCCUCUUUACGUAUCACAGAAAGUAAGUUUUUCUCAUCCCGCAGCGUGGUUCGUUUUGCUUUUGCCUAUGCUUUCCAGAUACUAGUGCAAGUUUGUCUUUUUUUUUUUUUUUUCAAGAAAAGAAAAGGGUUUGUUUGUUAUGCACACAGAUGAAAGAUGGUUUUGGUGUACAGUCGGUUUUCGAGGCCAUCCUUUUUUUUGGGGGGUUGGAAAGUGAUUUGAUAUUUAACAAUUUGUAUUCAUUGAUCGAUUAUUCAAGAGGGAGCUCUAUCUUAUUGAAACU